AUGCGAGCCACGCGCCUCACGAGGUCUGCCGUCGACCCUUCUUCUUCCUCUUCCUCCUUCGUCUCGGCCCUGCCUCGCAAAGCACGCGUAGCCAUCAUCGGGGCAGGCCCCUCCGGCUUCUACGCAGCAUCCCGCCUCCUCUCUCGCAUCCCUUACUCUUCCACCCACACUUCCACCGCACAACCUCUGAACAUCGACAUCUUCGACCGCCUACCCGUGCCGCAUGGCUUGGUCAGGUAUGGAGUCGCACCAGAUCACCCGGACGUGAAGAAUGUCGAGCACAAGUUCGAGAGUGUCUCUGCCGAUCCUCGGUUGAGAUUUGCUGGAAACGUCAAUGUCGUGCAUUCCGCCGAUGGGGCUGGGGAGAGACCGUACCCGGACGCGGUCCAAGUGCCGCUGGAGCUGCUGUCGAGGUACUAUACGCACAUUUUGUUUUCGUACGGUGCAUCUACAGCUCGAGGUUUGGGCAUCCCAGGGUCACAGCCAGCCGAACUGCAAGGCGUCUACUCUGCCUUGCAGUUUGUAAACUGGUACAACGGUCAUCCAGCUUCACACGACCCUUCGAUAGAAACUCAGCGUGCCUCCAUGGACCUCGCCAACAAACACCACAUGACAGUCAUAGGCGCCGGAAACGUCGCCCUCGACAUAGCACGCAUCGUUCUACGCUCCUCCACACCGUUCUUGGAAUCUUCCUCCGGACGGGUCACUUCGAACAAGGCGCCCGGGUUGGCAGCGUUGGAAGAGACCGAUGUUCCCGAACCUGUGCUGGCCGAGCUGGCGAGGUGCAAGGUGAAACACGUCGAUGUGUUUGCCAGACGAGGGCCGGCACAGUUGGCGUUCACCAACAAGGAGGUGAGGGAGAUGCUUUCGUUGGAAGGGAUAGCUUUGCGUGCCCCUGAAAAGCAUUUGCUCGAUUCGGCGUUGGUGCAGCUGGAGGAGUUGGCGCAGAAAUCAGCGGGUAGUACUCCAGAGAGAGCCAGCGCGAUCGCCUCCGAGGUACGGGUCAAGAAGCGUCUCUUGAGCUUGCUAGCCAAGGGAAGUAAGACUAAGGUCGACGAGGGUCAAGUCAAGACGUGGGGGUUGAACUUUUUCCGUUCGCCUGCCAAAUUCUCGCCCAAAGACGAUGGCAGCAACAAUGUAGGGAGGGUAGAGUGGAACGUCACGACGUUGCAGAGCGGAAAACCCACAGCACGUAACUUGGACGCUGCCGAUCCACGAAAAGCCGCUUGGGGAUCCGCAUCCACCGAUCCCACAUCUACAAACACAUCAGCCUCAACCGGCGAGACAGUCACCACAGAAACAGACAUGAUCGUCUCUUCUGUCGGAUACCAAAGCGAAGCUCUCUUCUCCACCCAGACCCCCACUCCCUCCACCUCUCUCGUGCAAAACGGCCAACUCACUCACCUACCGUUCGACCGCACCCGUCGCAUCGUCCCCAACCUCGCCGGCCGCAUCAUCGACCCCUCCACCCGCACCCCUCUCCCCGGCGCCUACGUCAGCGGCUGGCUCGCCCGCGGCCCACAGGGCGUCAUCGCCACCACCAUGAUGGACGCCUACUCGGUAGCCGACCUCAUCCUCCGCGACCUCCACUCUCCCACCCCUGACACCUCCAACAACGCCGACCAACUCGAUGCGGAUCUGCUGCACAAGCUGCAAAGCGAAUCCUCGAACAAAGUCGUUGGGUUCCAGGAUUGGCGCAAGAUCGAUCAAGAGGAGAAAAAGAGAGGUGCAAGCUUGGGAAAGAUCCGCGAAAAAGUACUCACCGUUCGCGAGAUGCUCGAUAUCAUCAAUUAA